GUCGAACAGAAAGAGGCUGGCGACGGUGUCUAGAGCGGCGAGACGACCGGGUAGGAAUUUUGUGGCAGUGGUGGUGGCGCUCAGGGGUCGAGACGACGACACGGCUAGGGUGGCAGUGGAGCUAGGGGAGGACCGGGGCAGACGAGGGAAAAAAUAGGAAAGAAAAUGGCUCGUUGGACGAGGUCGGGGGGAUUUGGUGGAAUUUGUGAUGAGCCCUAGCUGUUGGAUCCAACAUGAUGCGCCCGAGCCUCCUCGUAUCUGCCCAGAUUUUUUUAGUAACAUCCGCCCUGAUAUGGGCUAGAUAUGGGGCUACCGGUUAGCCCAAAUUUAUAGGGCCGGUUUGAGGAGCUCGGGUAGGUCACAAUUUUCUGACCGGUCACUGAUUGGGUCGUAUGCGACAUAUAUGAGGCAUUUGUGGAGCUCCGCUGUAAGGGCUAGUUCUUUCGUGUUAUUUUGGGGGCUUUUAGAAUAAGCUGCCCUACUCAGCUUACUCUAGAAGGCCAACCAAACUAGUUAAUUCUUAACUAGUAUGUUAAUAGAUUUCUAAAAGAAGUUUAAUUGGGCUUCUAAAAUAAGUUGGGUAGAAUGCAGUUUAUUCUAGUUUAGCCUUAAAUGCUGUAAAGCACCACCACUAGUCUACUACUACUCCAUUAUGGUUUAUUGGUCUCCACUGUAGUCUGUGCCAAAUUUUGAUCAUAAAUUUAGUUAACAAAAUAUUCAUGUAUGUCAUCAAAAAUUAUAUCAUUGAAAACUAUGUUUAAAUACGAAUCAAACGAUAUAAUUUUUGUUGACAUGCACUUACAUUUUGUCAGUUAAAUCUUUGUCAAAAUUUAGCAUAAAUUACAAAGGGGACUAAUAAAUCAGGACGGAGGUGGUACUCGUAAUUGAUGGUUCUAGAAAAAAAAACUACUCGUAAUUGAUGACGCAAAGCAUUUGGUAUGUGUAGUGCAUCUAUCAAAGUUCUACAUUGAAAAAAAAAAGUUCUACCUUGUGUAUCAUGCAAAAAAAAAGUUAUACCUUCUAAAAGCACGAACAAAGGCGGAGAGAGACAUACAGAGAGACACUCCACUGCAUCGACAGAGGCAGCGGCUGCUAAUUGAUGGAGUGGGGCGACGAGUGGCUCGCCCCGGACAAGCUGCAGCACGUCCUCGCCUGCCUCCUCAUCACGCUCGCCGCCGCCGCGCUCGCCGGCCGGAGCUCCCGCCCCUUCCUCCGCCGCCGCGCGCUGGCCCUCGGCUGCGCCGCCUCCCUCGCCGUCGGCGCCGCCAAGGAGGCCGCCGACGAGGCCCGCCUCUUCGGGUCCUCCGGCGCCUCGCUCAGGGACGCCGCGGCCGACCUCCUCGGCGUCGCCCUCGCCGCGGUCCUCGUCUCCCUCGCCCGCCGCCUCCGCCGUGAACGGCGCCGCGAGAAGGCCGACGACGAUAUGGACGGCAGCAUCUCCAUGGUCUGA